AUGUCUCAAAAGGGCAGGUCUGGAAAAUUCAGUUCUGGUUGUGGUAGACCGCUGUGGUUCGUUCCCGAAGGGACUGAAGUGAACAGCCGAAACUGUGUGGACCUUUUGAAGGAUAAACUGCUCUCUUCGGCUAAUUCUCACAUUGGGAACCGCUUUUGGACCUUCCAGCAGGAUGGAGCCCCGCUCACAGGUCGACUACGGUGCAAGAGUGGUGCGAGAAAACUUCCCAACGUAAUCGUCUAUAACGAGUGGCCGGCUUGCUCUCCGGACCUAAAUCCCAUGGAUUACAGUGUGGGUCGUUCCGGAGGCAGAGGCUUGCUCGAAACCUCAUCGCUCUGUGGAUUCGCUGAACAGGGCUCUUGA